GAGCAACGGUUUUCGCAGAGAAGUACUCAUUUCACAUUGUUCGUGUUUUUCUUUCAUUCAGCUCAUUCUUUGAGUGCCGUUUUUGAUUGUGAGAUUUUCAAGUCUCGCCAUUUGUAAAUUUUAUUGUGUUAUCUGGUGAAAUUGAAGGAAAUUUGUCAUAAAAAUACACUUAAUUAAGUGGGAAUAAGAUUUUUAAUAGUUGGUGCAACAAAUAUAAUAAAUAAAUAUGGAUAUAAAUGACACGAAUUUACAGCAAUUGGCAAAUUAUUUGCAACAGACGCUUAGUCCAGAUCCCAAUGUGCGGCGACCAGCUGAAAAAAUAUUAGAGACAAUUGAGACACAACGCAAUUAUGCAGUGCUUUUAUUGAAUCUCAUUGACAAGCAAGAAGUGGACAUGACAAUACGCGUAGCCGGUGCCAUUGCAUUUAAGAAUUAUGUGAAACGGAAUUGGGCAGCACAUGAAGACACAGAUGGCAUAGAUAAAAUAUGCCAACCCGACCGCAAUACUAUUAAAACGCUUAUUAUUACGCUGAUGUUGCGUUCACCGGCAGCAUUACAAAAACAAUUGAGCGAUGCGGUCAGUAUAAUAGGCAAGCAUGACUUCCCAAAGAAAUGGCCACAGCUCAUCGAUGAGAUGGUGGAAAAAUUCGCCACGGGCGAUUUUAAUGUGAUUAAUGGCGUUUUGCAAACGGCGCACUCACUUUUCAAACGUUAUCGUUACGAAUUCAAAUCACAGAGCUUAUGGGAAGAAAUUAAAUUGGUUUUAGACCGCAUGGCCAAGCCGCUGACCGAUUUGUUGCUCGCCACAAUGCAGCUGGCCAAAGUACAUGAGAACAAUACUGAAGCGCUGAAAGUCAUUUAUGGCUCGCUGGUGUUAGUGUGCAAGGUAUUCUUCUCGCUGAAUUCACAAGAUUUACCGGAGUUCUUUGAAGAUAAUAUGCCCACAUGGAUGAAGGCAUUCCACGAGUUGUUGACUGUUGAUGUGCCAUGCCUACAUACGGGCGAGGAUGAAGAUGCGGGUGUUCUAGAACAUUUACGUUCGCAAAUCUGUGAGAAUAUUGGUUUGUAUGCACAGAAAUACGACGAGGAGUUCGGCCCGUAUAUGGAAACAUUUGUGACGGCUGUGUGGGAAUUGUUGAUGAAGACUGGAAAUCAAACUAAAUAUGAUGCGUUGGUUUCAAAUGCUUUGCAAUUUUUGUCUGUAGUGGCUGAGCGCAAUCAUUAUCGCAAAAUAUUCGAAAACCCUGAAAUACUUGCCAAUAUUUGUGAGAAAGUGGUUAUACCCAACUUGGAUUUCCGUCAAUCGGAUGAGGAAUUAUUCGAAGAUAGUCCCGAAGAAUAUAUACGGCGCGAUAUUGAAGGCUCUGAUAUUGAUACACGCCGUCGUGCGGCAUGUGAUCUCGUAAAGACGCUAAGUCAAAAUUUCGAGGCAAAAAUAUUUGCGAUAUUCGGACAAUAUUUGGAAAUAUUGCUAGCCAAGUAUAAAGAGAAUCCAGCGGCUAACUGGCGCGCUAAGGACACAGCCAUUUAUUUGGUAACUUCGCUGGCUUCACGAGGCGGCACACAGAAACAUGGCAUAACACAUGCUUCCGAAUUGGUGCCGCUGCCACAAUUUUGUGCCCAACACAUUGUGCCCGAACUGGAGCGUCCAAAUAUUAAUGAGCUGCCUGUCUUAAAGUCUGCGGGCAUUAAAUUUAUCAUGGUUUUUCGCAGUCUCUUGGGUCCACAGACUUUGCUCGCCUGCAUUCCACACUUGAUACGCCAUUUGCCGGCAGAGAGCGUUGUUGUGCACAGCUAUGCGGCUUGUGGUAUAGAAAAAUUACUUGUAAUGCGUGAUAGCAAUCAGCAGUUGGUGAUUAGCGCAGAGCAUUUGGCGCCUUUUACAAAGGAUUUGCUCGGCAGCCUCUUUGGAACGUUGUCAUUGCCCGGCUCCAGUGAAAACGAAUAUGUGAUGAAAGCAAUUAUGCGUAGUUUUUCUACUCUGCAAGAAGCUACCAUGCCGUAUAUGGCUGUGGCUUUGCCACGCCUAACCGAAAUUCUCAAUUUGGUUGCCAAAAAUCCAUCGCGUCCACAUUUCAAUCAUUAUCUCUUCGAAACACUCUCAUUGGCCGUGAAAAUUGUUUGCAAAACAGAACCUGCAGCCGUUAGUUCCUUCGAAGAAGCACUCUUCCCCGUUUUCCAAGGCAUUUUGCAACAAGAUAUUUUGGAAUUCAUGCCAUACGUUUUCCAAAUGCUUUCGUUGUUGCUGGAAAUACGCGAAGGAAGUGGUUCGAUACCAGAGCCAUACUGGGCGCUCUUCCCUUGCCUCUUGGUACCGGCUUUAUGGGAUCGUCCAGGGAAUGUUACGCCGCUUAUACGGCUCAUAACCGCAUUUAUCAGGCAGGGCUCUGCGCAGAUAAACGCGCUGGGCAAAUUGAACGCUGUUUUGGGUAUUUUCCAGAAGAUGAUAGCUUCUAAAUCGAACGAUCACGAGGGCUUCUAUCUUAUGCAAAACCUGCUCGCCUACUAUCCCAUCGAUGAACUGCAACCUAAUAUGCGCCAAAUUUUCGCAUUACUCUUUCAGCGUUUAUCACUCUCGAAGACCACUAAAUAUGUGCGUGGCAUCAUAGUUUUCCUAUGCUACUGCACCGCCAAGAUGGGCGCACCCGCUCUAGUGCAGCUAAUCGAUCAAAUACAGGAGAAUAUGUUCGGCAUGGUUAUCGAUCGUGUCUUCAUACCGGAUAUGGGGAAGGUCUCAUCGGAGAUGGAUCGUAAAAUUGUAACUGUCGGCAUUGCAAAAAUACUCACUGAAUGCCCAUCAAUGCUGGCACCACCCUAUGUACAACGCUGGUCACCGUUACUGCAAGCUCUUGUUGAACUCUUCGAGCUGCCACCUGAUCAAACCACGCUGGAUGGCGAUCAUUUCGUGGAGGUGGACGAUGCGCCCGGCUAUCAGGCAGCUUUCUCACAGCUCAGCUACGCGCAACCGAAAUCUCAAGAUUUUCUUGCCGAAAUCACAGAUGGGCGCAAAUAUUUGGCAGAGUCCUUGGCAAAGUUGGCCCAAACACGCCCAGGUGAAGUGCCCACAUUGGUGGCCACCAUCGGCGAUAACCACAAGCAGGCGCUGCAAAAGUACUGCGAUCAGGCGGGUGUGCGUAUAGUUUAGAGAAGUGUGAAGUAGAACAACGAUUGUUAAUAUAAAGUUAAGUUGUAGCAUGACACUUGAAGAACCUGCAUAAACUAUUAACCUUUUUAUACAUACACACACACACGCAUGCGCUCGCAAUCGCCUUUGGCGUGAUAGACGCACACAUUUGCCUUUUUUUGUUAUGCUUCAUUGUUUAAGUGUACUGUUUAAACACAAAAUAUUGUCACUUUUUUGUCAUAAUUUUUCUGCUAAACUAUAAAUAAUAAAUCUUAAAAUGUGCGUUU